CAUGAUGGGACCCCAUCACGCCUCAAGUGGCCUUACCCUCCUGGUCCUCGUCACAUCGGCUUCUUUCCUCCAUCUGUCCGCAUCCAGUCCUCUCAGCAACCACGAAGAUGGAGAUGAUCCACAUGACGGUGCCCUCCCAGGACCUGCAGAGUCUGGAAACGGCGGGGUGGACGAAAGGUCGUCCAUCCAGAGGGAGCAGGCAGAGGAUGAGGAGGAGCUCUUCAAAGACGUUGAUCCCAGAAAACUAGCUGCCGUUUUACUGGAGGCACUCAAUCGCUCACAGGUGGAGAGGAGGAUGGAGGAAGAUGGGCGCGAUGACGCGGAAGAAGAGACAAAGGCUGAGAGAAGGGAGGUUCAAAAAGACGAGGUCUCCCAGGAGAGAGUGGACAGGCACAGAGAUGGACGGCAGGAGUUGGAGCUGCUGAUGGCUUCGCAGGCCAAGGACAGAGAUGAGGAAGAGGAGCGGAGGAAAGCGCUGGAGGAGGAGGAGAAGUUAACCGAGAGGGUGACCAGUCAUACCACCAGCCAGAUGGUCCAGACCCGAACGGAGCAGAACCCAAACACCUCAGCUGGAGCAGCAGAACGCGGAGCUACCCAACAACCAGGACCGACCAACCCAGAGGAAGAGGAGGAGCAGCUCAGCCCCGAGGAGCUGAAGAGUCUGGAGACCAUGAUGAAGGAGUUUCCCCGUCUGAAUGCAAAAAGGGAUGAGGGUUUGGAGCAGAAGCAGAGAGAGAGCAGAGCCUUCAGCAGCUUCAACGACAUCAACCCCAGCCUGAAGGGCAGCGAGCUCGCCUGGUCCAAGAAGAAGCUCAAGUGGCAGGAGGAGACGCAGAAGGCCCUGCACUUCCCCCUGUUCCCAGGAGGCCGUGCCGAGGAAGGGAGGUACACAGCACCACCUCAGCCUCCCGCGGACCAGGAGGUGACGGGAGGCAAUGACCUGGAGGAGGACGAGGACGAGCCGGCGCUCAGUCCGGAGGAGGAGGAAGCUCAAGCUCGAGAGGAGCAGGAGGAGAUGAUUAGGCAAGCGGCGGAGGCGCGGAAGGCCAAGAUGGAAGAGGAGAAGCUGGCCGACAUCGCCUCAGACAUGUUGCUGCGCUACAUGGGCAAGCAGAACCACGGCAACCGGAAGUUCAGCCCGGCUGGGUCCAGUGCUGCGGAGGACAAGAGGUCUGACGAGGAGCAGGAGCUCGCCGAGGAGAACGACAUCGAUCCUCAGACCAUCGACAAGCUGAUCGAAAUCUCCAGCAAGCUGCACCUCCCCGCCGACGACGUGGUGGACAUCAUCACCGACGUGGAGAAGAAGAAAAGGAAGGAUGUCCCGCCGGAGGUGAUGUCCCUCUGGCAGCACCCUCCCCCCAUCUCUCCUCUCUCCUCCUCCUUUUUUCCAACCAAUCAAAAUGCCAUCCCUGUCUCCCGGCAACCGUCUCCUGAUGCUAAUGUCCUCAAGACCUGGUUCCAGGACAGGCACACACCUAAACCAGAGGAUUUCCAGAAUAAACUUCCCAAACCUCUGUUAGCCAGUCUUAGUUUCUGGCCCAAAGCAAAGCCUCUGCUGGUCAAACAGGACCGCCGGCUCAAAUCCUCCCGGCCCGUUUGGACCGGAUACCCCUUUUACCCCUACACCUACCCCUCUUUCCCACAGAGGAACCCCCUCCCGGACUACUACCCCGUCUAUCUUCCUCCCGUCCGCAGGCCCAAACACCGCUACUUCAUCCCGAAACCCGCCCCUCCCCUCAGCAAUUUUAUGGAUGACUCCUUCACUUUGUCCCCCAAUAGGCGGUACCACAGCUGGGUCCCGCCCCAGCUCCGGAAACCCCCCGCAGGCCUCCAGCGCAAGCCUUUCCACAGCAGGUACCCCAUCUCCAAGGCAUGGCCGCCCCCCCAAAGUCUGAUCCCAGCUAGACAGAGGCCGUUUUCUGAGCCGGCGGUCAGACCUUCGGGGUCCAGGAUCAAAGAUGAAGAGCUGGAGAAGUUGAUACAGCUGCUCCUCAUGGAGAGACCCCAGAGGAUGGACUGAAGGAGGGGCAGGAGGACUGAGAGAACAAGCGGGAUGAAAAGAGGGGAAACUUCUUAUUUUGUUGGGUCAUGUUUUAUUUGAUUUAAGCGUGUUUUUUUCUUACUUGGACUGCUUGUGAUUUCAACGUGCAUGUACAGAGGACUGUCGGAGAUGAGCACGAUGAACGGGUCCAUUGGAAAGCUUAAUUUCACGCUAAAGUAUCCCAGCAUUCUCAGUUUGGACAUUUCCCAAUGCCAGUAAAACAGGAUGAGUGGGAUGAAUGCGUCCAUCGAAGGUUUGAUGGCUGAUCAAAGCCUUCAGGGACAUCUGGGCUGGCAUGUGUGGGGGACACCCAACACCUCAGCUGGACCUCUGGUGUCCCACACCAGCCGGUGGUCCGUUGUGCAGUGGCCAGUUCAGGGGUGGAAUUGUUCUUGGGGUUCUGUUGAGUCCGACCAAUCAGGUCCUUCCUCUCCGGACCGGGAAGAUCUUUGUGUUUAGUUCUGUUGAUGUGUGAAGUUGACAACACUCCAAAUCAGAGAACAGGCUGGGAAACAAUUGGCGCUUUUCCACUAGUACCUACUCAGCCCAACUCGACUCCACUUGCCCUUGUUUCUUUUCAAUACCCAGAUCAGAAGUAGGCGGGUUGGAGCGUGGCGUCCUCGUGGCCCCAUCUAGCUCUCUCUGGAUAUUUUCCUCAGCCACCAGGUUUAAGAAGGUCUCCACCUCGGAAUUUGACCAUGGAACAGAUUUCUGUGCUGCCAUUGUUCGUCGAAAAAAA